ACAAAUAUAUUAAUGGAAGUUCAUUUUGGUUAGCCUACCUACCUUAAUACUUAAUAUUUCUUUUAUUAUCCUAACUGGUCUCAUUGUCUAAUUACUGCCAGAAGUUAAAGUGCAUUCUGCUAGCCAGUCAGCACAACAACCCUUGUCAAGAAAGAUGGACCUGUUGCCUGAUACAUCCUCUUUUCCACACAAAGGUCUGAGGAUUCCUGGUUUAGAACACAUGAGCAUGGAAGGACCAAUAGCAAAUCUGUCAGCACUUGGCACAGAAGAGCUGCGGCAACGAGAACACUACCUCAAGCAGAAGAGAGAUAAGUUGAUGUCCAUGAGAAAGGAUUUAAGGACUAAGCAGACCCACAGUAUGGAGCAGCAAGGAGAAUCUACUGGGGAGGUAGAGGAAAUGACAGAGAAACCAGAAAUGACAGCAGAGGAGAAGCAGACAUUACUAAAGAGGCGAUUGCUUGCAGAGAAACUUAAAGAAGAAGUUAUUAAUAAGUAAUAAUUAAAAAGUCAAUAAAACAGAAGUCCACAUUUUCUUAAAAAUAAAUUAUUUAAUCCAUAAACUAUUGGUUUCAAGUAAAUACUUUUUGUAAAUGCAAAUAUAAGCUCAAUAUUAUUUUAAACAUUUGAGGUAAAGGGCAGUAGGGAAGGUAGCUACAUACACCAGUUAGUUUAAUACAAAUUUGUGGAUGCCUUCUCAGAGAGGGUCUGGAAGGAAACUAUUUGGUAGCACAUUCCUUCAUUCUAACUUGAUACUUCCUGUUUAUGCUAGGCAUUACACUGUGCGUUAAGGACGAGGUAGUCACCUAGAUUGACAGGGUCCCUGCUCUCACAUAGCUAGUGUAGAAGGGCCAAAGAGCAGUGUUAGAAAGGAAAAGUGCCACAGAAGGAAAAGUGCUGAUUGGAAGAAGAUGGAAGGAAUAACUUAGGUCCUGCAGCAGAAGUAAAGUACACAUUGAGGGGCUAGAGUGCAUACUGAAUGAGUGGAGAGGGUUAGCCUAUGAAAUUGGAGGUAGGUGGGGAUUCUGAUCACGCAGAGCCUUGUAGGGAUUAUGGGCAAAUGAGAAGUUAUGAUCAAAAUUAUUUUCAAAGAUGUGUGUUUCCAUAUGGAGAUUAGUGGGUGGCCAGAGUAGUCAUGGUUUUCCAGGUGUGAGGGAAUCCAAUCAAAGGAGUAGAUAAUUCUGGUCAGUGCUAAGAUGGAUUUUACACUGACCAUUUACAUUUCAGGCAGGAUAAAAAGGACUUGGAAAAUAGAUGUGGGGAAUGUUCAAAAUACUCAUUUGCUACUGUCUUUAUUCUAUAAAAACUAUUAUGAAAACAAAGAACUGACUGAACAUGCAGAGGGAAAUCCUACUGCUUUUGUAACACCUUGUAUUAGUUUUCUGUAGUUUACUUAUGUAAAGAUAACUAGAAGAGACCAUCCUUCAAAAACUUUGUGAUAUGCCAUGUCUACCCUUUUCUAAUUUAUAGGACACUCCUGAGGUUAAAUUUAUAAUUCCAUUUUAUCUCCUUAAUCUAAAAGUAUAAACCACCAAAAGUAGCUUAAUAAAAUUUGCAAACUGUAGGUACCGUUCCAACCUGCAGAAAGAGUAUUCUGUAUGUUAAGUUUCAUCCUAAAGAGAAACUAGUGAUUGAAACAGAAAUGUUUCACAAACUUUUAAAAAAUAGCUUUUAUAUCAGAUACAUGUUUACAGAUUUUUUAAGAGGACCUAAGGCAUACAAAUGUGGGCUCUGCCUUGCUUCAUUGAGUAUUUUGAACUUUUAUGUAUGAUGUGAAAUGAGGGUCAACGUUCAUCUAUCUUUCUGCAUGUGAAUAUGUUUCCCAGCACUGUUGGACUGUCCUUGGCACCUUUCGAGCAUCAAUUAAGCAUAAGGAUUUAUUUCUGGAUUCUCAACUGUUACACUAUGUCUAUACCUCCUGUACCUCUGCCUUACCACAUUGUCUUGACAGUUGUAGCUUUGUAAUAAAUUUGGUGAUCCUCUCCCUCUGCAAAAAAAAAUCAACAAAACACUCUGACCUAUGUGUGCCACAGCUAGAUGGGUACCAAGUGGCCUACCUUAAUGGGAGCCUGAGAUUAGAGGAUUGAGGUUUGAGGACAGCUCAGGCUAAUAAAUUUGAUAGACCCCCAUCUCCAAAAUAACCAGAGCAAAAAUGGACUGGA